UGAGGAGGGCAGGACGACUGGCAUUGUGCCUGCGCCUUGCGUCCUAGGGCGGCCCCCUCCGGCUAAGCGGGAUGUUCAUGGUCGGUCCGGACGUGGAGAGGAAAAGAGAAAGGCAGCGUCGGUGAUCUGCGUGUGACGUCGGAGCCAGGCACACACGGAAGGGCCACCAGCACACUCGCCCGCCCACCCGCAGGCACAAGAGCAACCAACAGCAACACCCACCUCGGUCCUUUGCUUGUUCCUUGAUCCCCGCACUGCCGCCCUCGUUGCUUGCCUCCCUCAUUUUCUCACCCUCGCCCUUCUACCACCAAUCCCAAGAAGCGUCCUUCCCCACUCUUCUCUUCUUCUUCCCCUCUUCCCCGCAUCCUUCCCCACCUUCACUACCCCGCUCCCUCCCUACCUACCACCAACACACCCACCCACGCUCUCACCCCGCUCAGCAUGGCACCUUCUACAAAGGACCUCAUCGGUUCCAUCGAUGCCGGAACCACCUCUGUCCGCUUCAUGCUCUUCGACGAAGAAGGAACCGUCGUCGACUACCACCAGCUGGAGUUCACUCAAUUCUACGACCACCCAGGAUGGCAGGACCAAGAUCCCCACGAGAUCGUAGACAAGGUCAAUGAGUGUAUCGAACAGACCAUUGCAAAGGUAGAAAAGAAGGGAGUCUACACUCGCAAGGAUGUCAAAGUGUGCUCCGUCACCAAUCAGAGAGAGACUACAGUAGUCUGGGACAAGGCUAGCGGCAAAGCCCUGACCAGGUGCAUUGCCUGGCCCGACACACGUACAGCACACACCGUCAAGGAGCUAGCAAAGAAGCACCCAAAGGGCGUCGAUGCCGUAAAGUGGGAGACUGGCUUGCCCCUCUCCACCUACUUUGCCGCAACCAAGCUUCGUUGGAUGCUCGACAAUCUGCCCGAGGUGAAGAAGGCUCACGAUGAAAAGACGAUGCUCUUUGGAACGGUAGACUCGUGGUUGGUGUACAACCUCACAAAGGGUGCAGCACACAUUACCGAUGCCUCGAAUGCCUCGCGGACGAUGUUCAUGGAUCUACGAAAACAGGCUUGGGACCCCAAGCUGUGUGAGUUCUUUGGCGUCGACCCAGACAUUCUCCCCACGAUUAAGAGCUCGGCAGAAAUCUAUGGAAAGGUGGAAGAGGGAGCUCUAGCCGGUGUGGACAUUGGUGGAAUUGUAGGUGAUCAGCAGGCAGCCUUGGUAGGACAAAAGUGUCUCAGCCCAGGAGAGGCAAAGAACACCUAUGGUACUGGAGCCUUCCUCCUCUACAAUACAGGAGACAAGGUCGUAGACUCCCACAAUGGUCUCCUCUCCACCAUUGCCUACCAAGCUGGUCCCCACGCCCAACCUCAAUACGCCCUCGAGGGAAGUAUCGCCGUUGCUGGAUCGGCCAUCAAGUGGCUUCGUGACAAUUUGCAAAUCAUCAAGGAGGCUUCCGAGGUAGACUGUGCUGCCCAAGUCGAAGCAGCAGAAUGCGUCUUUGUCACUGCCUUUAGCGGUCUCCUCGCACCCGUAUGGGAUUCUACCGCUACUGGAACCCUCAUUGGUAUCAGUGGAUUCCACGACAAGCGUCACAUCUGUCGCGCCGUUUUAGAAGCAGCUGCCUUCCAAACCAAAGCCGUACUAGACGCAAUGGAAAAGGAUUCUGGUGUACCCCUUCGCGCCUUGAACGUGGAUGGUGGAAUGACCAACUCGGACGUCUUUUGUCAAUUGCAAGCCAACAUCUUGGGAUUGGCCGUUGAGAGACCAGCAAUGAGAGAGACGACGGCAUUGGGAUCAGCACUCUUGGCAGGUCAAGCAAAGGGAUUGUUUGGUUGGGAUUUGAGUAGACCAGAGACUCUCAAGAGGGUCAAUAUGGCUGGAAGGGAUGCAUUUGAACCAAAGAUUGAUGAGGCAAAGAGGAAGGAAUUACUCAGACAGUGGUGGAGGGCAGUGGAGAGGUCCAGGGGAUGGCACGAGGACUCCGUCUAGGCAUCUGCUCACCAGUCUGCCUUGGAGGUAGGUAGGUAGGUAGGUAGGUGUUGGGCAGGAAAGGACGGUAGGAAGGAAAGGGAGGUGCAAGGCAAGGGCAGUGGCAGUGUAUACAGCACAGACGAAAAGAAUCUUCCAUCGCAACGUAUUUAUUCAACACGCAGUGUUUGCGCAAAAGGCUAAGUGA